UUGAGAACCUUUGGGGUUGACGGUUGAGGGUUGAGGGAGAAAUUGGUCAAUUUGCUUAACCACGUAAGGUGUGUUUGGCUGAUGCAAAGAGUUUUUUUGGAUGGAAAAGACCUAAAUUCUUCGUCAAUAUUGAAAGAUCAGUCAUACUCCAAAGGCUAUAUAUUUUGAAAGAUUGUAAAGUUUCUCUAUUAGAUAAUCCCAUUCUUCGCAAGCCGUCACCGACUCCCUCGUCCAAUUUCUCAACACCUUAGCAUUCUUGACAGACACGACAGAACACGGUACACAGCACAGAAGACGAAACGCAUUACUGAGAUAGACAAGAACCGAAACCCACAAACUAGACAGCGCAACAGAGAUUUCAUUUCAACUGUCGGAUGGCAAGGGAUAGCUGCUUGGCUCGUGUGACCGCCGGCGUUGCCGUAGGCGGUGCCGUAGGUGGCGCCGUUGGUGCUGUGUAUGGCACUUAUGAAGCUAUUAGGUAUAAGGUACCAGGACUAAUGAAGAUCAGGUACAUUGGACAAACAACACUAGGCAGUGCCGCCAUUUUUGGUCUUUUCUUGGGUGCUGGAAGCCUGAUACAUUGUGGGAAGUCAUAUUAAGGACUUUUUGAUGGAUUAAUUUGUCUGUGCUUUGAGCUUUGAUGUGAUCAAUUGCCCUUUGGCCUUGGAUGGUAUGUGAAGAGUGCAUAAUUAUUUCUUAAAAGGCAAAACUUUUGUUGUGGUGUUAUUUUCAUGGGUGCUAGGAAAUUCAUGGAAAUUAUCCUUCAAAUCAUUGUCAAAUUUUCUUUAUAAUUUCUAUCUGAUACUGGCUGUGCAUUGUGGUA